AUAAGGCAAUUCGGGUUAGAUCCGCAGUCAGUGGUUAGGAAUAUGAUGCGAAGGUGUGGGAGUCCGUUUUGAAGCCAGAACAGGAAGAAUAAUUUAAUUUUUAAAUCUAAAAAAAACUAGUUCAAGAUGGCGGCCAGUGAAUCGAUUAGGCAAUGCAGGGAUGUUAUCUUAAACAACAAACUGGUGACCUUUCUGAGUGUGGCACUUUUUGCCUUCAUGAUAUCGACCAUUGCGCUGGCCAGUUCCAACCAAAGCAAGAAGAACGCCAUUCAGGAGUGCCAAGCGGAGCUUACGGAUGCGACUCCGAGCUGCUCGGUAAAUCCAUCAAAGGAUCUACCAUUGAAUGAACCUGUAUAUUUAAUGCCAGAUGGCAACACGUACAAACUGUGGGCUCCCAGCGGAUCGACACUGAAGUGGAACUCAACCUCGGAACAAACAGCUCUGCUUUGCUCAGGGGCAAACAAUGCUUUGGAACAGACCAGCAAAGCACUCAGUCAAAAGACUUGCUCAAAGGGACAAGAGUUUUUCGUGGAAGGUGGCACGACAGCAAUCAAUUCCAAGAAUCUGCAGUGUAAGGCGGCCGUAGAUGGUGAAUGUGCUGAAAAUGUCGGACCUUGUGGAAGUAAUCGAGGUGUUCUGAACAAACUAGGCUUCGAUGCUGGAGCUAGUGGGUUCAUCACCUACAUUGAAAGUUGCUUCAACACCGAAAGGUCGUCAGUUCUUUAUACGAAGCAUAGCCUACCUGGUGUGGCUAUAGCAAGUGCUGUAGCAGCAGAUGCUUAUCAGAACUGGAGAACCAAUGGGAUAGGAAAUAAAGUCAACCCUGAAGCUUCGUAUCUCCAAGAUACUCAACUAGCACGAUUGGAAUCCCUUUUGGGAUCAAAAGCACAAGCAGAAAAGUAUGUACAAGUUGGAAAAGUUUUCCUGAACAAGGGGCAUCUAACGCCACGUGGAGACGGAAUCUUUCAUACCUGGAAGCACGCAACCUUCUUCUAUACAAAUGCAGUUCCACAAUGGAAUGUAAUCAAUGAAGGAAACUGGAACAACGUAGAGCUGCGGGUCAGGCAUGUAGCGUCCCUACUGCAGGAGGAUGUGCUGGUAAUUCAGGGAACGUUUGGCGUCUUAGCAUUGCCCAACACGCAAAACCAAUCGGUAGAAGUCUCGCUAUCGGCAGAAGGAAUCGAUGUACCCUUGUGGAUGUGGAAGAUAGUCAAAUCUCCGAGCAGAAAUGCCGGGAUUGCUUUCGUUACGUUGAACAACCCGUACGAAACCGUGGCACCAGCGGAGCUAUUGUGUACCGAUGUUUGCGAACAGUACGGUUGGGCUGAACCAAACUAUGGUAAAUUCGCGUUAGGAUUUACGUACUGUUGCGAUCCGAACGAGCUGAUUCGAAUGGUUGUUCAUGCCCCAUAUGAAGGAUUAGUCAAGCAAGUUCUCUCCACAUCAAUGCUGACGUCCAGUGCUGUGGGAUUGUCCGUGUGGUACCAUUUGAUAUUGGUGGUAGGAUUGGUUCAACUGCUGAGAAUGAUGUGAUUUUUCUGAGCGUUAAACUAAUAAGUGAAAAAAGUGUUUUAAUAGAAAGGUCAAUAAAUGUAAUAUUUAGUUAGAUCCAGGUUUAAUCGACUUCAUGUUGUUCAUUUUCUCAUAAGAAUAGCAGGAAGAUAACCACUUAUACUGUCGGGUCAAAUUAAGUUUCUGAUAUUCAUAGUAUCUUUUCAUUUAAUUACUGAUUAAAAAUCUCAAAACUUACAGAGAUACGUUUAGACACCUGUAUUAAAAAAUGAAAAAUCCUAUCAUAAAAUAAAUAAAAUUGCAAUUUCAUGUAAAAUUUUGAAAAUUGCGAUAGCCAAAACUUUUGGAAUUAACCCGA